GAUAUUUCAAAGGUAAGUUGAAUACACUAUUUUAUACAAACAAAUAUAUUAGCCGACAGCCGAUUAUUAAUAUUAGCUGAUAUAAAGGUGAAUACCUUUUGAUAUAAAAGCCUUUUCUAGCACAAGGAAAACUAGGUCCAGGUGCAAGCUGUUUAGAAGUGGAUUUCACGAAUGUGUUGAGUUAGUCUGCUUCGAUUCAACAGACAAACUGUAAACUUCCUCACAAGCCAUAGGCAAAACUUCAACACAUUCCAUGGUGGAUUGGUACAACAGAUUGUAGAUGUAUGAAACCAAACACUGCGAAUAUGGGAAACGGUAACAAUAAAACAUUGCUAAGAGCAUGCGAGUGUGGUGAUUCUGGCAGUAUUCUUUCGUUGUUGGAAAAUGGAGCAAAUGUUAAUUAUACUGAUUCAUAUGGUAAUACGCCACUGUUAACAGCCAUUAUCAAUCAUCGUACACAUUGUGUAGAUGUGUUACUGAAUAAUUUUAUAUCUCGGGCCAACCCUGAGAAAACCGAGAAGACGACUAAGGUCACCCCUUUAAUGAUGGCAGCAGGUAAUUUAGAAAUUGUCAAAUUGCUGAUAAACAGGGGGUGCCAAUUAAAUCAGACGAAUAAGUUUAAGGAUUCUGCGCUACACCAUGCUGUUCGAAUUCAAAACCCCGAAGUUGUUAAAUUGCUUGUUUUAUGUGGAAUAGAUGUUAAUAUCACUAACAAGUACGGUGAAACUGCACAACACAUUGCUGUCGGUCUUGGCAAUGCGGAGAUAUGUAACAUUUUGUUAGCCAAGCAACAAAAUUUCGAUUCGUUCGAUCAGACUCAUCUCACACGUAUGCUACAGUAUGCUAUAAUGGUUAAAAACCGGGAGUGGGCUCUAACAUUACUUCGACACGUCACUUCCUUAGACUCGUCGUUACUAUCGAUGGCUUAUGAUAAUACAGACUAUAAAUUGGUGGAGAAUUUACUACAGAAUGGCUUUGACUUGACUCUCAUGAAUCCUGAAGCAAUAACUAUAUUUUUUAAAAAUGAAACGAGUGUGAUAGAAAAUAGCGCCAGGUGUGUAAACCACUUGUUUCAGUACGGUAUAGUCCAAGCGUUUAGUGGUAGACAUUUAUUGACUGCAAUUAGAGAACUGAAUGGGCGCACUUACUUCCGUCUCAAUGAAGGUUUGUGCAAAUACGGAUUUCUGUUUAUGACCAUACUUUACUGGUUGUACAUGUUGAACCUGAUAAAUAAUCAAGAGUUGCGCCGCCUCUCACAGUCACCUUUUUCAAGCGACCCGUUAUUAAAACUUGCUUCAAAUCCGAUGCCACUUCUUUGUAUAACCCGUAAUGUGAUUUGUGGAUCAUUAGGUCCACCUAACCAGUGGUAUAGUGUGGGUUUGUUGCCCCUGCCUGAUAAACUAAAAUCAUUUCUAAGAUAUGAAGAUAUCCUUAAUGCAAUGGGUGUAAAUUUCCAAAGUAAUCUUUAGACAUUGCUAGAUCUAACAGUUGCAUACUACCUUAUACAAUAAUAUUUAUAUACUAAACACCAUUUGUAUUUCCAGCUAAUUAUAGACAUUUGGUUUACAAGCGCUAUAUUCGCGAAAUGUGGAGAUUUGUAGCAUUAAGAUUACUACUGAAAUGAAAUAGGGUUUAACAACCUACUUUUGUGCACCGACAGUGGCGCUACGGCCUACUCUUAUUUCGAAUUCCAACUGUCAAGGGUUCUUCUACGCGCACUCCAGUGUGUACACGGGACCUCGGUCUUUCGUCCCAUCCUUCACCUCUGACAAGGGGGGGGGGACCACGGAGGAACAUUUCGAGGAAAUUUCUCGGCCAACACCGGGCGCGAACACGAGACCUAAUGGUAAGUGAGUCCAGUCGGAGCAGAACAGUAGGACGUUAAACCCUAUUUAAUUUCAUCUUAUUGGAUCUGAUUUGUUCUACCCAAGGUUCGGGUCUUCCUUAAAGGAAAGUGAACCUUGUGUAGUUAUAAUUUCCGUCAAAACAGUUGAAUUUAACAGUGUUAUAUCGAUUGGACAAAAAAAAUAUAAAUACGCGUGGCAUCUAUAAGCCCGACUGGUGCAGAAAAGUAGGACGUCAACCCCCACUUGAUUACAUUGCUCCAUAUCAGUCUCGUAAUUUGUAAUAUUUUACCAGGCUAUGAAUCCGUGUGAAAAUUCGCGGAACAUAACCAUCAAAAAUGUUAGGGGAAGAGGCGGACUUUUUGGAACAUUGUACCCGAAACUAUAGUCCGUUAAACGCUGUGGCUUUUUACCAGUGAUAUAAAGUUUCAUGUAGCUGGACGGGACGAAGAUAAACUGUUUUAAUAAUCGUUUCAAAACCUAAUUUAUACACCAAAAUAUAUCUGGGAUUUGACUUUCAAAAUGCUGUUUCACUUCGACAAUUCGAUGAACUGGUCAGCCAUUUUGAAUUCAUCUUUGUUACUUUCUUUCCCUCGAUAUGCUCACACCCAUAAAACUCAUUGUGUUUAUUGUAUCA